AUGCUUUUAUCACUUUAUGCUAAUGGUGAAACAGAUAUCCCUGCUAUUAAUGCUGUUAAUAAUUCCGAUAAUGCCAUUUCUGAUACGGAUCCAUUGUUAUCAUCCUUACCGGAUGAUAUUUUAAACAUAUAUGAUGAACCAAUCAAAAAUAUCAUCGGAGGUGUAUAUUCAAGUAAUAUAACUUUAUACUAUCGUAAUUCACCGUAUCAUAUUCAAACUGAUUUGACCAUCGAAACAAAAGCCGUGUUAACAAUUGAAACUGGAGUAAAAAUUUAUUUCGAUGCUGGUGUUGGUAUUAAAAUCAAAGGAGCUAUUUGGGCUGUGGGAAAUGAAUUUGCCCAUAUUCAAAUGUUGCCAUAUCAAAAAAUUACCAGUUAUAAUUCCGAAAUGCCACAAUUUCGCCUUAUUGAUGGACCAUCCGUACGACAGGGACGAUUACAAAUUAAAUUUCGAAAUCGAUGGCGAUCAGUUUGUACAAAGCUCACAAACUGGACAUCGGUAGAUGUUAGCACAGCAUGUCGAUCGAUGAAUUUCAGUGAUGGCGGUUUCUGGAAAUGGUAUCAACGCAACAACGACACAUAUCCAUUUGUAAUGCCAUCACCGAAAUGCCGAUCAAAUGCUUCAUCAUUGUGGGAUUGUGAAGGAUUUAGUGAUGUUGAUAUGAUACCGCUAAGCGAAAAUCUUUGUCAAGGUGAAGAUGAUAUUGGAAUUCGAUGUUGGGGAGUACCGGUAUUUCUCGAAUGGCAAAAACACUGGAAAGGUUUGCAAAUUUUGUCAUCAUCAUUACAGUAUGUAAAUUCGGAUCCUGAUAUGGUUGCUUUACAUCGAGAAUCUACUAGUAGACUUGAAUUUGUUGACAUACUCUAUGCUGGAUAUGAUGGGUCAACCAAAAAUACAACAGCAGCAAUUUGGAUUAGGGGCACUCCACCGAUUAUGAAUGGCCUUCGGAUUGAGAGAAGUGCUGGAAAUGCUAUUUAUCUUGUAAGGCCCACCGGGCCUGUUGUCAUUGCCAAUUCAACCAUCCGUAAUAAUAGGGGUCAUGGAAUAACAGUAAUGAAUACAACCGAUGGCCGAGUUUUCAUCAAUAUGACAACUAUUAGUGGGAAUUACGGUGAUGGUAUACACUAUCGUGAAGGAUAUGAUGAACUGUGGUAUCCCGCUAUGCCAGAUAAUGAAAAGCCAAGAUUGGAUAUGUGCACGGAACAUAAAAUACCACGUACUUUUUUCUUUCCGCAUUUAAUCCAAGCAAAACUUACCAAUGGUACGAUAAUUGACGGUAGCAAUGCAUCACCUUGUUGGAUGAUAAUAUCAUUGCCAUCUCAAUUACCGUACACAUACAGUAUACAAUUUAUGGCAAUAAGAAAUGAAAAUGGUCAAAAUUCGGAUUCAGAAACUCGAUUAAUUGUAUGUGAUGCAAAUACGAAUUUUGAUGGAUGUGAUGAUGAACGAUAUCGUAUCCCAAUUUUGAACCGUAUUCUUCCUCAAACAGUUUCAUUCCGGAGCACUGGUCAACCAAUAUAUCUUUCGCUGGAGCACACAACAAGCGAAUUAAGUGGUCGAGUUGUUGGUGAUAUUAAUUUAAUUUUUCGAAUCCAUGCUUCCGUUACUGAUAAUGCAUUUUAUGGUUUAAAUGUAACGCAUACGUUGAUUGCAAAUAAUACCGGAAAUGGUAUUUGGGCGCAGAACAUACGCGAAAGAACGGCAUUAACAAAUGUAACGAUAGUGAAAAAUGAAGGACAAGCGGGAUUUCUGAUACGGGAUGGAGCGGCGGAUGUUUGGAUUAAUGCAUCACGAAUUGAUGAUAAUUGGGGUGAUGGCAUUAAUGUGUCAUAUGCUGGUGGUUCUAUUACAAUUAACGGUACCAUAAUUAGUCGCAAUAAAUGGCGCGGUUGUGCAUUUCAUCAAAAUACCUCAUCACCAUAUUUACCUCUUCAUCAAGAAAUUAUUAUCAAAGGUCGUCCAUCCAAUAAUAUCCUUUAUUUACGCACACAAAUUGUUGAUAAUGCAUGGGGUGGCAUUUUGAUUGGAAAUUUUUGCAUACCAUUAUGGAAAAAUAUUCAGCCAAAGGUACUGAUAAGUUGGACUGAGUUAAUUGGAAAUCGUUAUCAUGCAUCUGUCGAGAUAUUUGCAUGUCAGAAAGUUGGAAUGGCUAGUACCAUAAUUGAUUUUACCGGAAAUCGGAUUGAAGCUGGUUUAGGAGUAGGUUUUCGAAUGGAACCGGCCGUAAAUACCAUAACAAUCAUAUCAAGUAAUCAAUUUAUUGCAAAUAAUAAUACUGCCUUGAUUAUUCGAAAUGCUCGAUAUCCACAAUUGCACAAUUUACCUGCUCAGGUGACUAUUUCAAAGAAUUCAUUCAAAUUUAAUACUGGACAAAGUGUUGUUUCCAUUGGUAUGGUAGAAGGUUCUCAGACUCAAAAUCUCACGUUUAAUCAACAAAAUGAAAUUCGUGAAAAUCAUGUUAUCAAUCCUUUUCCAUAUCUUAACCCACGAUUUACGCCCUAUGCUGCAUUAGUAGUUUCUAGCAGCAAUGUAGUAAUCAAUCGUAACUGUUUCAAAAAUCCUCAAGCAGCAUAUGAAAUAGGCAGUGAACUUGGUGAGCAUGCUAAAUGGAUCGAUGCUCGUGAAAAUAAUUGGGGUUAUCCAAGACCUGAAUUAUUUAUGCAUCGAAUUUUUGAUCAAUUCAAUCGUUACAAUUUAGCUGCUAUUGAAGUUAAUCCAUUUGCUGCUGUAUGCAAUCAACGAAGGCCUCACAUUACUGCCGUACAACAAUAUUAUCGUUCAUUUCGCAAAGACAGUGAACCGUACAUUUUAGGUGGUACCAUAUGGGAAAAUCAAGAUUUGGGAAAAGGCUUAUAUACAGUAAUAGAUGAUUUGAAUAUCGUGCCUGGAGCACGUCUUACAUUAUCACCAGAUACUGUAUUACAAUUUAACAAUGGUCUAGGAAUGCUGGUGCAGGGUGAAUUAGUGCGUACAGAAUUGCAUUCAUCUGAUGAAAUGGUAAAAUUCACAAGUACACCAUUUGUUCUUCCUCAUCUGCCGAAUAUUCGUCUAGUUGACGAAAAUGAUAACAUUGAUGUACUCGCUGGUCGUUUAGAAGUGUAUGUUAACAAUCAAUGGGGUACAAUAUGCAAUAGAAGUUGGACUAAAGAUUUAGCAUUAUUAGCAUGUAAUCAACUUGGCCUUAUAAUGGAUCCUGAAUAUUUUGAAAAUUGGCAAAUAUUCCCGUCACCGGGUGAAUUACCAAUUGUAAUGGAUAAUAUUCGAUGUGAAGAGAAUGAAUAUGAUAUUACAAAUUGUCGACAUGAUGGUAUUAAUCAUAAUAUUAUAGCAUCAUGCCCAUCAACAGAUGUUGUUGGAUUACGAUGUGUGGAACCUCGUUGGAGUGGUGUUCGAUAUUCUUUCCUUGCAAAUCCACCAUUAGUUACCGGUCAAAGUUCAAUGGAAAAAUGGAUUAUUGAAAAAGCUGGCCUUUUCGACUUUCGCUUACCAAAAUUUAGUCCAGCGUUGCAAAUUGAUUGGAAUUGUCAUACAUUUCAUAAUUUAUAUAUUAGGGAUAAUUUUUGGAAUGGUAUUGAUAUUGUAUACAAUGAUUUAACAAGAAAACCAGCAAUUCGAAUGAGUCGAUUUGAAAAUAAUCGUCGGCAUGGAUUGAAAAUACGUUCACAGGGAAUUACAAUUCAAAAGGUAUCUUUAAGCGGAAAUGGACAAUCCGGUUUUCGAUAUAAUCCAUUGAUAACAAACGAUUUACAACACGAUAUAGUAACGUGGUUGGAACGUCGGGAACAACCAGAAAUGGAAACUAAUAACGUUUUUAUAAUACCAAACGAUAACAUUGAUAAGUUAACAGUUCAUGAAUCACAUCUUAAUCAACGAAAAUUUUUAAUUGCGAAAGUAACAUCGGAUUGCCCACUUGCACUUCUUGAUCCAUGUACUUAUGAAAUGUCACUAUUUGCAAGUGGCCAAGAAUAUGGUUUGAAUUCAAAACUAGCCAUACAAGUUAUUAAUCGUGUUAAUGAGGAGAGCGAUGAAGAUAUCCUUCUAAUUGAUAAUAUUGGGAAAAAAAAUUGGAGUGUACGUUAUGAUCUUAUCCAUUUUCCAAUCAUAUCACUAUCAAAUACGUUACAGUUAAAAUAUACGCGAACAUACGGGAAACCAUCGGUAAUAAUCCUCGUGCUUUUUCUCGAUGGCCAGGAAUAUUUGAAUCGAUUUGUGCAUAUAUAUCAAUCAGAAGUAAUCAAUAAUCAAUAUGCUAUAUCAGCAGUUCAUUAUUCGAAUUGGACAAUUAAAAAUGAUAAAUUAUUGAAUCGCUGGACUAAUGAAAAGCUUUGGUUUCAAAAAGUUAAUUUUAUCGGUAAUAGAGAGGCUAUCAUAUGGAUUCAUUCACCACAACAUCUCAUUUUCAACAAUAUGCCUAUUGCUAAGAUGACGGAAAAUCGCUUCGAAAAUAAUACCAAUUUUGCGAUAUUUAUUAAUGGAUAUUAUGCAUUCGUUAAUGUGUCGUCCAAUAAUUUUACGAACAAUAAUGCACCAAGCGAAAUUGGUUUAAUUACUUUCAGUGGGAUGGAAAAGGAUUUAUUCGUUGAACGAAAUCGAUUCAGUUAUAAUCGUGGCCGUUGGAUGUUAAAAAUGGAUAUUCUUUCACAUUCAUUGCAUGAUAAAGUAGUAACAGCUUGGAUUCAACAUAAUUAUUUUAUGGAAAAUGGUUUUUUACAUAGUGCGGAAGAAUACGUGGACAUGUGGCCACGUUCAUUUACGAUUGGUAUAUUUGGAUCACAAUUAGCUAACAUUCAUUUUAAUCGUUUACGGAAUAUUUUAUUUGAUUUCGAACUUAUUUCUGGCGCUAAGAGUGCGAAUGUUAAAGAUACGAUGAAUGUAACGUAUAAUUGGUGGGGUGUUGCUAAUGAAGCCGCAAUUUAUCAGCGCAUCUUCGAUUUUGAUGAUUGGAACAUUUUCACGUUGGCAAUGUUUAGUCCAUUCUAUGUUACGGAAGAAAAUUUCAUCAGUUUUUGGUGGAAACCACAAAAUGGACAAUUGGCAACGGAAAAACGUUCCGAACCAUCAAUUUAUAAUUUAAAUGGUCGCAUUUAUGAAUCCAAAAAUCUCACUUGUAAUCGUGAACGUUGGCAUGAAUUUCCAUUUCAUUACAAACCGGUUGAACCGUAUCGAAUUAUAAAAGAUUUAACGAUUAUGCCUGGAGCUACACUUACUAUUGAAAAAGGUGUCGAAGUGCAUAUUUGGCCAAACGUACGUAUCCUUGUGUUGGGUAAUUUAAGAGCAGAAGGAACAUAUUGGGAACCUAUACGCUUUAAACCAAUUAAUAUGACGGAAUAUACGGAAGAACGUGGCGCAAUCGUAGAACGUCAUGAACGCUCAAAACAUUGUUCCAUUCAAUCCAGCAAUUUAUGUCAACAAAGAAAGCGACGAUCUGAAUUGUUAAUUAAUUUUCCUAUUGAUUUCGAUUAA